AUGUUUUUUCGAAGGGUUUUCGCGAAAAACAAUGGAAGUUCAUCGACGAGCGGGGAGGGUUCCUCUUCCAAUAGUAAUUCUUCGAAUAUGGUAAGUGCAUCUCCGGCUCGGUAUCGUCGUGUUUUGAACGUUGAGGACAAUCAACGAGUGCUAUCGGUUCUGCAACUGACUCCACUGUGGGAGUACAUCAUCCGCAACAAUGAGCUUCCAACCGGAUUGAACAUGAACGAACUUUUCGGGGAGUUUUUAGAGCGUCUACACGAUCCCGAAUAUCAAGUCCGACAGCAUUCACUGCGAGUGCUGAUAGACGUGUUGAUUGUGCUCCGUGACGAGUCCGAUGUGUACUUUGGCCCUUUGUUACCGCCCAUCAUUGACAAUUUGGGUCACCCGUCGCCUGCCGUUCGGAAAGGGGCUUUGGAUGUUUUAAAAGUGUACAUCGCACAAACCAAAAUGCCGGAAACGGUGAUGUUGGAAAUUAUGAACUACGGAAUGGAUCGGAACCCGAAGGAUCCGCUCAGCACUCGGUACAUUGUGGGCGUUAUGCUGGCACUACCAUCGCUUAUACAACCGGCAAUUUUAACCGCUAAACGAACAUUUAUUUUACGGGCCGUCAUCAAUGCGCUUGGUGGUAAAAUGACGCAGAUAACCUACCAGGAAAUAGCAUUGAAAAUCUUACUGAAGAUAAAGAACUCUAUCGGAUCGCGAGAAUUUUACGAAUGUAUUUCGAUAUCCUAUCGGAGAGAUUUCGAUCUGUUAUGUAAUGUGUAUGGGCUUCCAAAUCCACCGAAAAGUCCACGUCGAGAGACAGCAUUGAAUCUGACCCCACCCGGAUCGGCAAUUACUAUGCAUAAGUCGUGGAAACCUCACGUCCCUCAAGUACCUACGACAGAGAUUCAUCAGCCCAUCAAGCAUCUCUCUCCCAAAGCGCAACGGUGGAAAUCCGGAAGCCACAAUGAUAUCUCGAGGUUGGAUAGUUACGAUAGUAGAUCGACGUCAGACGAUCGGCUCAAUCACAAUCCAUACGCAAUCAGUAAACUUCCCCACCAUGGCAGUUCCGUUGUUCGUCGGAUCAGUGUAGACAACAUCGAUAGAAUCGAUGACUCCAAAGUGAUCAUGGAAACUGAGAUUAAGAUUAACAAAGAAUCAGUAACCAUGCGUAUCUUAGAAGCUGAAAAUUCCCAGUCGAUUAGUGACGAAAGUGACGAGGAUAUUUCCAAGCGGUACGGUAUAGUGCGUGUGUUAACCGAUAGUGAAGUUGACGAUAGUGUAGGAACUAAAACUCUGGCUACAUCUAGUGUCAAUCUGGAUAAUUCGUCCGAUGAGUAUGUUCGGAGUACUCCUAGACGAGUUCGUUUUGGUGGAGAAAUAGUGAAAAUGAGAACACCGGAUAGUGAUACGUUCGAACAGAGUGAUCAAGACGUACUAACCGCUUCACAGUCUUCUAGUUCUAGUGCUAUCAAUAAUGUAAAUAACAACAACUCAUCUGCCACGGUGAGCUCUUCCGAUAAGUUAUCACCGGUCAUUCAACGUUCAGCGUUAAAAUCUUCCACUUCAUCAAUCGACCGGUCGAGUUCCUCACUAAGGCGACAAUACUCACAGUCGGCAGACACGGAACGAUCAUCGCCACCAAUAAACAGCGAGUAUAUCAGCAAAAACCAAAGACCAAUGUCUGCCAAAUCCAGAGAUUAUUUCAGUUCAGAAGACACCGCAAAUCAACGACACAUUGCUUUCGCCAGACGAAGAAGCGUCACAUUUGAUGAAGACGAUAUGCGAACAUCGAGCCUAUCGAUGACCACGAUAGAUUAUUCCAACACACCGUCUCCAAGCCCUGAACCACCGGAGCCUCCGGAACCAGCAGCCACCGAACGGCCGAAAACAUCUCGUCCUAAAUCGAGCCGAUCGUCGGCGAGUUCUGCUCAAUCCGAACCAACAAAAUCACCUCCCAAUGAGACAGAACCGACAGGAGGAGAAACUGCGUCCCAUUCCGGAACCCCAGACAAUCAAAGCCAACCAGAACCGACCGAAUCGAAUCACAUACUAGCCGAAAAAAUAGAAGAAGUGAAACUAGCAAUUCAAGGUAUCGAAGAUAAAAUUACUAAUGCCGUCUUGAGGAAUGCCGACAUUUUGGAACUUCCAACAAGUCCUUCCAAGAAAACAGAAAUCCUUAUGAAAACAGAGUCGGUCGACUCGGCAACUGCCUCGUCACCAAAACUACAGAAACCGAAUUUGUCACUGGAAGUUUUGCUUAAUACUAGCACCGACACCAAAAACAAUCUGGAAUCGGAAGAUAUUGGGCUAAGCCAGGACAAAAAAGAUUACACCAAAGAGUUGAACAUUGAAAUUCCAAUUGAGGAAAAAAUCAUAAACGACAUUCAACCGAUCACCGAAAAAUUGAAUCCCGCUUCGAAAAUACCGAAGAUGAUUAGGACCGGAGUACCGAAAGUGAACACGAUGCCCUCGCCGAGAAGAAACAAACCACCCUCCAAACCAGACGAGUCGAGUCUUUCGCCGAGUAAAUUGCUUUCGGUUGAAGACAGAAGCCGUUCGAGGCGUCGGACUCGAUCAGCGACUUCGGCAAUCCUGAAACGGAGCACCUACAUCAGUCCGUCGGCUUUGAGUCCGGCUCCGCACAGCGGCAUCGAGAUUAUGCACAAUCUGCUAAGAAGCCCAUCGACUUCUCCCAAUCGAAACCGGCGCAAAGGUUCCGCCGGAGAUCGUUCCACUGCCAGUGACAAAAACAACAACAGUCUCGAAAUGAACAACCUAAAUGGAACGAAAAGUGAUAAAUGUGUCAAUGUUAACGAGGAUGAUAUUUACGAUGUUUUCGGUAAAACGAUAGCCACCCAGACCUCAGUCGAUCAGUUUGUGCCGCCAUCGGUUGUCGUCUCGAGAUCCGAUACGGAAGGGGAGAUUUCCAACAUUGCCAACAUUUUCGAAAGCACCGAUGCCGAGAAUAACAAUCUACCUGCAACGGACGGACGACGAUCGCCACGAUCCGGCUCUCCUAAAAUUUUACACCCUAGAAUUGUCCAUUCCUGGGAAGAUCUGGGCAUCGUUGAUGCGUCCGUUCUGGUUCAACUGAAAAGUGGAGACUGGCGAGUGCGUUCUCAAGGUUUCUGUGCCAUCGAGGAAUCUCUUAAAUCGUCCGACAAUCUGGCCAAGGUUCAACCGUAUCUGGAAUCGUUACUGCGAACGUUACUCUCCUCGGAGCGGAAUCCGGAUGUCAUCGAGGACAAGGUACGAAUGAUGGUCAAUCUGGUGUCGCGCCUUCCGCUGGAGAACCUGGAAGACCGCAUAAAUCAGAUUAUGAUCGGUCUGUGCCGACAGGGCGGUCCCGGCAGUAACACCGUCGCCAAGGCCUUGAUGCAACGGUUACCGACGGCCGCGAUUGUGCAACGAUUGCUGUCCGAUGAUUUUCUGCAUGCCAAAAGUUCGAAGUUCCGUGAAAAUGCAUUGCAAAUGGUUCUGUUUGCUCUAAUGACAUUUCCUAGCACGUACUUCGAUAUCAACACGCUAAUAUCGAGAGCCACCGAAGCGGCGAUCGAUCGAAAAAAACGAGUCCGACACGGGGCGCUCGAUGUGCUCGCAGUAUUAGGACAAAUCAGUUCCCCUAAACUAGUUUUAGACGUGGUAUGUUCUACCGCAGCCCAGCGUCCGGAUGGUAAUCAUCUGAUAGCAGCGGUCAAGGCUCGCCUGGCCCGGAAACAACUCCCGUUCAUCGGUCCCGAUGGUAGUGUAGAGUAUGCACUGAAAGUGCCCUCCUGUCGAAACAGCUCCGUAAUCAUGUUCGGUGCUGAUGUCGAUUGGAUCGAAUCCGGCAGCGGAUCUGCAUCACCGACAUCGACACGGUUCAAGCACUAUCCUAGCUUCCAGGUUGACGGUGGAUUAUACGACGAGUGUAGCAGAAAACCAAGCUUCCAAGUGUUCGAUGAGGUAAGCCAACCAUCCGAAACACGCAAAGGUACCAUCUCCGGCUGGUCAUCCAAGAUCCCCGUGAGCCAGACGGAUAAUAACAUCGCAGGCAAUAAUGGAUCGAGACCUUUCUUUGGAAACUUACAAUCGCGGUCAUAUCCGGAGCUGUCCGAACACCAACAGCCGCAAAGCCGAAAGGGCGGGAAAUCGCAAGCAAACGGCACCGGUGCUAGCCGGCAUUCCAAGCAACCGACAAUUUCAAGGUUCCCCGAGAUGGACCACCUAAAGCAGACCGGAAGAAACGUAUCGAAUGGGAAAAAUUCCAACCCUUAUGAGAUGAAAACGGUUCGCCCAAUGCGCAGUAGGCUGUGCUCGAGAAUGAGUGAUGGCUUUAUGAGUGAUACGAUCGCUAACGCCAAUAGAGUCCUGCAGAGUAAUUCUCGUCCAGCAACGGAUCCGGCCAUCGACAAUGGAGCGAUAAGGCAGUCACGGAAUGGAAUGAGAUUUUAUAAUCCCAAUUUAAUGAACAGCAACAACAAACAACAAGUGAACGCGCAUGUGCAAAAGCUGGAUGUAGACCAGCGGCCCAGUUUAUCACCCAAUAAAAACUACGGUAACGUCGGCCACCACCAAAACAACAACGGCAAUGGGCGCUUCUUCGUCGCCUCCGCUGCCGGUGCCGACACAAUCGGGACACCGAGUCGAUCACGAUUCCUAGGGGAAACAACAGCUGAGGGUACCGGCAGCGGAAUCAACCAGGAGAGCUACAUAAUUCAUCGUGACGAGCAGUAUGAUAGUGAAAAUGACGAAAAGUCUAGCAAUGAUUCGACCUCGACACGAAUCAUCUCGAACAGCACAUUUAACUUCGGUGGCCAAGGAAGUAACAAUUACCCUAGCUCACCGAACAUCAGUCACCCUCCUUCGAUUCUUUCGUCAAGGCCUCAAUCGGUAACCUCACGCAAAUCGAUUGGAUCUGGUAUCCUGAAAAGCGACGGUAGACUCUCGAGAACUAGCAACAUUUCAUACAGCAAUCUCUCUAUGAAACAAACGAACGAUAACCUAUCGAUCAAGUCCAACAGAUCGGCAAAGAGCAGACAGAAUGAAGUAUGGUACGAUCGAGAAGGUACUCCGGUGCAAAGUGAGGACGUGAUUAGCUCUAAUCAAGUUCAAUAUGAAUCCGACUACGAUGACGAUGUGGAAGAAGAUGUGAUGGAACCGAAGCGAACGGUAACUCCCAAACGCUACCCAACUCCUAGUCCACAUCCCCUGCAAACGUCUUACUCCACUGAAGAAUUAUCCAACAACUGCUAUAACCAAACCGAGGAUACCGAAAUAGCACCAUCUAAAAGUCGCGUACAAUCGGCUAGUCUAAGCAAUCUCCAACAUUUGGAGACCGUAGAGACAAACAUCCAACAAUCGCCGGUGAAGAAAAUUCUUAAAAAACCAUACCUCGCUCGGAAGACAAGUAAGGUUGCACCCGUCAAAGAUGUGGUCAGCGGAAUCAAGGCAAAGAACAAGAUUAAUGAGAGUAUGUUCCAGAAAAACUUGCGAAAGUUCGAUAAACCAAAGGAUGCACUGUCAAACUGUAUCCAACACUUGGAAAGUCCUAACUGGGAGCAGAACAUCAGUGGCUUGCAAUUCUUCGUACGCUUGAUUAGACAUCACCCUGCCAUUAUAGACUCACAAAUCCACCUUCUGUCGGUGGCGUUGGCAAAGCAAGUGCGUAAUUUACGGUCUCAGGUAGCACGAACAGCAUGUCAAGCUUCAGCCGAAUUCUUCUCCACCCAUCGACGCUGUAUCGAAGGGGAAGCAGAGGAUAUCGCCACUCACCUACUGCACCGUACUGCCGAUACCAACAAGUUCCUUCGGGCCGACGCUACCCAUGCCUUAGAAUCGAUGUGUGAGAAUCUAUCCCACCCAAAAGUAAUCCACAUUAUCUCCACCAAGGGGGCGACCCAUCAGAAUGCUGUUGUCCGAACGACUGCCGCCAAACUGCUUGACAGAAUCAUUCGUCAGAUCGGUCCAGAUAAGGUAUUUUCACUGCCCAAGGAAUCCCGGGACAAACUGGUACUAACCGGUGCACAGUUGUUACUCGAGGGUUCCCUCGAAACGCGAAACUACACCAAGAGUAUGUUCAAACAGCUCUCGGAUCAUCCAAAUUACAACAAAGUAUUACUGGAGGUCAUUCCAUCGCGAAUCUAUCGCAACAUCGAGAAAGCACUGAAGAGCAUCAGGCAGAUGUAAUUAUUAUUAUAGCACAGGAUAGACUAAUUUUCCGUUAUUUUUAUAGCUCACUUUCAACCGCGUUCGUUGAAUCAUUGAUAAUGCGGCAUCUGUACAAAAAAUAUGGCAAUGAUU